AUGGUGCACUUCCUGGGGAUCUUCUCAUCUUCUGAUUCCUAUUCCCCACUGGCAUUUUUCCUGGUCUGGUGUAAUCAGAAAACUUCUCUUCCAGUUUCUCUCAACUUUUAUGGUCCCUGCUGUAUUGAGUACAUCACCAGACCAUUGCCCUUGAGCCAUGUGGUAAAGUAUGAGUACAUGGGCAGCCACUGCUCCCCGCCAGCCGUGAUAUUUACCACCAGCAAGGACAAGCUGGUCUGUGCCAACCCUAAGGACAAGUGGGUCCACGACAUAAUGAAUCAAUUAAAGGACAAUGAGCACAGAGAAUGA